AUGAGAAGAGAGCAGCGCUGGAUCUGGGAGAGGCGUCUUGCAGCUUCAAGAAAAACAGCAGCACUGGGGGUUCUUGAGAUUUCUGUUUUGCAGGUUCAGAGGGCAGCCGCACCCGAGCGCAAGAGAGGAUUUUCAGCGGCCGUGAGCGAGAGCAGCCUUGAGAGACGGCAGCACAGAAGAGGUUUUCUUCUUCGUGUGUUUGCAGCUCCAGAACCGAGAGAGACGCUGCACCAUCUUCCUCCACAGCUAGCCGCGAGUUCUUCCCAGCAGCAGGAGGCUUCCCAGCCGAGCGAGCACCUGCAGGACCGAGAGGCUUCAGCAGUUGCGCGGGAGAGUGAGGCCGCACGGGAGAAGAAGCCGGCAGGAGGAGGUGCGGCGCUGGGAACCACCAUAGGAGAUGCUAAAGAGGUGCAAGGGUUACAAGCUUGCCAAGGUGGAGAAUUGGGGCAGGAGAAAAAAAUGAGAAGAGAGCGGCGCUGGAUCUGGGAGAGGCGUCUUGCAGCUUCAAGAAAAACAGCAGCACUGGGGGUUCUUGAGAUUUCUGUUUUGCAGGUUCAGAGGGCAGCCACACCCGAGCGCAAGAGAGGAUUUUCAGCGGCCGUGAGCGAGAGCAGCCUUGAGAGACGGCAGCACAGAAGAGGUUUUCUUCUUCGUGUGUUUGCAGCUCCAGAACCGAGAGAGACGCUGCACCAUCUUCCUCCACAGCUAGCCGCGAGUUCUUCCCAGCAGCAGGAGGCUUCCCAGCCGAGCGAGCACCUGCAGGACCGAGAGGCUUCAGCAGUGGCGCGGGAGAGUGAGGCCGCACGGGAGAAGAAGCCGGCAGGAGGAGGUGCGGCGCUGGGAACCACCAUAGGAGAUGCUAAAGAGGUGCAAGGGUUACAAGCUUGCCAAGGUGGAGAAUUGGGGCAGGAGAAAAAAAUGAGAAGAGAGCGGCGCUGGAUCUGGGAGAGGCGUCUUGCAGCUUCAAGAAAAACAGCAGCACUGGGGGUUCUUGAGAUUUCUGUUUUGCAGGUUCAGAGGGCAGCCACACCCGAGCGCAAGAGAGGAUUUUCAGCGGCCGUGAGCGAGAGCAGCCUUGAGAGACGGCAGCACAGAAGAGGUUUUCUUCUUCGUGUGUUUGCAGCUCCAGAACCGAGAGAGACGCUGCACCAUCUUCCUCCACAGCUAGCCGCGAGUUCUUCCCAGCAGCAGGAGGCUUCCCAGCCGAGCGAGCACCUGCAGGACCGAGAGGCUUCAGCAGUGGCGCGGGAGAGUGAGGCCGCACGGGAGAAGAAGCCGGCAGGAGGAGGUGCGGCGCUGGGAACCACCAUAGGAGAUGCUAAAGAGGUGCAAGGGUUACAAGCUUGCCAAGGUGGAGAAUUGGGGCAGGAGAAAAAAAUGAGAAGAGAGCGGCGCUGGAUCUGGGAGAGGCGUCUUGCAGCUUCAAGAAAAACAGCAGCACUGGGGGUUCUUGAGAUUUCUGUUUUGCAGGUUCAGAGGGCAGCCGCACCCGAGCGCAAGAGAGGAUUUUCAGCGGCCGUGAGCGAGAGCAGCCUUGAGAGACGGCAGCACAGAAGAGGUUUUCUUCUUCGUGUGUUUGCAGCUCCAGAACUGAGAGAGACGCUGCACCAUCUUCCUCCACAGCUAGCCGCGAGUUCUUCCCAGCAGCAGGAGGCUUCCCAGCCGAGCGAGCACCUGCAGGACCGAGAGGCUUCAGCAGUGGCGCGGGAGAGUGAGGCCGCACGGGAGAAGAAGCCGGCAGGAGGAGGUGCGGCGCUGGGAACCACCAUAGGAGAUGCUAAAGAGGUGCAAGGGUUACAAGCUUGCCAAGGUGGAGAAUUCAGGGGGCAGGAGAAAAAAAUGAGAAGAGAGCGGCGCUGGAUCUGGGAGAGGCGUCUUGCAGCUUCAAGAAAAACAGCAGCACUGGGGGUUCUUGAGAUUUCUGUUUUGCAGGUUCAGAGGGCAGCCGCACCCGAGCACAAGAGAGGAUUUUCAGCGGCCGUGAGCGAGAGCAGCCUUGAGAGACGGCAGCACAGAAGAGGUUUUCUUCUUCGUGUGUUUGCAGCUCCAGAACCGAGAGAGACGCUGCACCAUCUUCCUCCACAGCUAGCCGCGAGUUCUUCCCAGCAGCAGGAGGCUUCCCAGCCGAGCGAGCACCUGCAGGACCGAGAGGCUUCAGCAGUGGCGCGGGAGAGUGAGGCUGCACGGGAGAAGAAGCCAGCAGGAGGAGGUGCGGCGCUGGGUAUCUCCAAUCUCCAAUAG